AUGUUGAGGUCUAUUACAGUUCGUUCUCGUAUCCCUAGCUUGAGGUCAGCCAACGUUCUGCGUCGUUGCUACUCUUCCCACAAGGAGUUGAAAUUCGGCGUGGAAGGACGUGCCGCAUUAUUGAGAGGUGUUGAGACCCUUGCUGAUGCUGUCCAAGCUACUUUGGGUCCAAAAGGUAGGAACGUUUUAAUUGAACAACCAUUUGGUGCUCCAAAGAUCACCAAAGAUGGUGUCACUGUUGCGAAAUCCAUCGUUUUGGAAGACAAGUUCGAAAACAUGGGAGCCAAGCUACUGCAAGAAGUGGCAUCUAAGACUAACGAGGCCGCCGGUGAUGGUACCACUUCUGCUACUGUUUUAGGUAGAGCUAUCUUCACCGAAUCUGUAAAGAAUGUGGCUGCAGGAUGCAAUCCAAUGGAUCUGAGAAGAGGUUCUCAAGCGGCAGUGGAGAAAGUCAUUGAGUUCUUGAGUAGCAACAAGAAGGAAAUUACCACAUCUGAGGAAAUUGCCCAGGUGGCAACCAUCUCAGCCAAUGGCGAUGCUCACGUCGGUAGACUAUUGGCUUCUGCCAUGGAGAAGGUUGGCAAAGAAGGUGUCAUCACUAUCAGGGAGGGUAGAACUCUGGAAGAUGAGUUGGAAGUCACCGAGGGUAUGAGAUUUGACCGUGGUUUUAUCUCGCCAUACUUCAUCACGGACGCGAAAUCUGGUAAAGUUGAGUUUGAGAAGCCUCUGCUUUUGAUCAGUGAGAAGAAAAUCUCUUCCAUUCAGGACAUCCUGCCAGCUUUGGAGAUCUCCAACCAGUCUAGAAGACCGCUGGUUAUUAUUGCUGAAGAUGUGGACGGUGAAGCUCUUGCAGCAUGUAUUUUGAACAAAUUAAGAGGACAGGUUAAGGUAUGCGCUGUCAAGGCCCCAGGCUUCGGUGACAACAGAAAGAACACUUUGGGUGAUAUCGCUAUCUUAACCGGUGGUACCGUCUUCACGGAGGAGCUAGAUCUAAAACCAGAACAGUGCACCGUCGAUCAACUAGGUUCCUGUGAUUCGAUUACUAUCACUAAGGAGGAUACCGUGGUGUUGAACGGUGACGGUUCCAAGGAUGCCAUUGAAACUAGAAUUGAGCAGAUCAAAAACUCCAUUGACUUGACGACCACAAACUCAUACGAAAAGGAGAAGCUUCAAGAACGUCUGGCUAAGCUGUCAGGCGGCGUGGCUGUCAUCAGAGUUGGAGGCUCUUCUGAAGUGGAAGUUGGCGAGAAGAAAGAUCGUUACGAUGACGCUUUGAACGCCACCAGAGCCGCUGUAGAGGAAGGUAUCCUACCUGGUGGUGGUACCGCUUUGGUCAAGGCCUCUCGUGUGUUGGAUGAAGUUAAAGUUGAUAACUUUGACCAGAAACUCGGUGUCGACAUCAUUAGAAAGGCGAUCUCCAGACCAGCAAGGCAAAUCAUCGAGAAUGCUGGUGAGGAAGGUUCUGUGAUCGUUGGUAAGCUGAUUGACGAAUACGGUAAUGACUUUGCCAAGGGUUACGAUGCAGCCAAAGGUGAAUUCACCGAUAUGUUAGCAGCUGGUAUCAUUGAUCCUUUCAAGGUUGUUAGGUCUGGUUUAGUUGACGCUUCUGGUGUCGCCUCGUUGUUAGCCACUACUGAAGUUGCCAUUGUUGAUGCCCCACAGCCACCUGCCCCAGCUGGUGGUGGUAUGCCAGGUGGUAUGCCAGGUAUGCCCGGUAUGAUGUAA